CGGAAAAAGGUCUAGCGUCGGCCUUGAAAUUGAAGCUUACAACUUACGUUACGGCAAAUUCAGAGGGAAAAUAAUACAAAAUCUGGCCACUUCCGUGACGCAGAACAAAGCUGACUCUGGUUUUCAUUCCAUAAUGAAGCAGCCACGGUUACCAGGAGCGGAAAAAUUCAAGUUCGCAAGUUCUGAGAAACCUUUGUCAUCCAGUCAUAUAACUAUAACGAGUCCCAAAAGGAUCUCUUUGUCGAAUAAUCAUGGCUCCGAUCAUAGCAACUCAUCACAUCAAUAUCUCUUCCAUUCGCGAUCAUCUUCAAGUUGCAGUCAAAACGAGCUAAGUUCUAUGACAUCAACUUUAUCCGUGCCCACUCUAAAUCGCAGUGAUUCUAGACGAAGAGCUGUGCUGCCCAUCACUUGUAAAAAGACAUCCCGAAUGCUGACAAAUACUAAUCUUGAACUGAAUGUCGACCAUGCAGAUAUAAUUGCAGAUGAUGUUGUAAAAACCAGCAGGUUGAAUCUUGACUCAAAUCGUGUGCCAUCGUGCCCAAAUCUAGAAACCUCAUCAAGAAGUUUGACAGCCUCCAAAACUUCUCUGGACACGCAUUUUCGCAAGAUGUCUCUUCAAAAUUCAACAAUUCGUGAAUUGCCGCCAGAUUUUGAUUGGAAAAAUAUUAGAGCAUCGCCAUCCAAACUUUCUGCAUCAUGUUCUAGUUCUUGCUCCAGUGAAGAAAAUGUUUGGGUUCUUAGAGAAGAUUCAUAAGUCAUUUCAAUAAUUUUUCAUGCAUUUUUAAAUAUCUCAAGAUAAUUGUUAUUCUUCUAGUCUACGAAUUUUCGAAAGGAAUGCGUUUUAAUAAAGGAAUCUGCAUGAAUAUCAGAUUCUUCAUCGUGACGCUUCUAAAAUUAAACAACCAAAUUUCUCGGGACGAGAAAUUUUUAAGAUACGAAACUUGGAAGAAAAAUUCAUACUGUAAAAAGACAUUUAUUUUCCUCUCAUAUUUUAAGUACACCUGAUAAUCAUUUCAUCUUUUUGAAUAUGUAAUUUUUCAUCUGACUGUUGUAUUCCUGUAUGUUUUUCCAGUUCUUUUUCGCAAGUGAAAUUUACGUAAAAUCUUUAAUUGUUGCCAACAGAUGUGCCUGCAUUGCAUAUUUUUAUACUUAAUUUUUCCAGCGGAUUCUUACCCUUUAUAGCAGAGACUUUUAGUCAUUUUGAAUACGUCGCAAAAAUGAACAGGACCCAUGUUUAAUGUUUAAUAGUAAGGUUGAUGGAUUUGAAAAUGAUUUUUAGUUGCCCUAGUAGGGUAUGGUGAUUAACAAAGGCACUGAUAUACUCCGAUUCCUCUCGAAUAAGACAUGGACCUUUAUGCCCAUACUGCAUUGGAAAUUCUCUCAAAAGUUUAGCGUCAGGAUAAAAGGGGAUGUGAAAGCCUCGGAUUACGUGUCUUGAGAGGCCCUCGUUUAACACUCUAACCCGGCUAGGCAGUCAGCUCUCGUUUGCUUUGCUGUAAUUAGUAAAAAGCCCUAUUAGUGGCCAAGCGGUUAAGACUCCUGAAUGCUGGUAGUUUAUUCUGGGGGCGAGUCUAAGCGAACGGGCUGGUUAUAUGGUUGGGUUUCCCCAUGCGUAACGUGAAUAUGAGCCAGUUUCUCGCAAAACGUCCUUCACAAAGGCACCCCUCCGCAUAGGCAGGCAGCCCUCGCGUGCUUUGCAAGUUCAUAUAACUUAACCUAACUAAUCCAGUUACAAUUUAAUAAAAAGGUAUGCAAUUAAGAUGUUUCUGAACCCAGAUUCAUAAUUUUCAUUAAAAUGUUACGCCUUUAGAAAAUUGGUCCUUCACGAAGAAAAUUCUCUGGUUUUUACUUCCUUAAAAAAAAAGGGGGAGGUGGAAAUAGAGCCUGUUUCCAUUAUUUUUUUGUCAUCACACGAAGCCUAUUUUCUUAAAGGAUGGAUACCUUCGUGAAGGAAACUGGUUCGCAUUUAUGUUAACGCUUGCAGUGUUCAGUGGGUUUAUUCGCUUGUGGCAGACGUGGCUUGCAGUGCAAGUUAAAAAAAGUUAUUUUAUUCAAAAUAUAUGUUUAAUGCUGAAUUUAAUUUUUCAUUUUAUAAUAUAAAGUGUAAGAAAAAAAAAUCAGCGGAAAUAUGAGCAGAAAUUAUGUGCUUAUAUGAAAUUUAAAAAUGAAGAAUUACGUUUGAAAUUAUCAAGAGAAAAUCCACACCACUGCCAACAUAAGCUCAUGGAAUUUCAUAAUUUUUAACUUUUUGUCAAAAACUUAGAAGAAUUUUAUAUAGAUUUUGUUUUUAAUUCCUCAGCUUUUGCCUCUCUGUUUUUCAAGAUAUUUCCAAACUCCCUUGACACGCUGUUUAAAAUUCUCAGCAGUGCAUAAAUAAUACAUAGUCAUGUUGUUCCUUUCUUCCUCCUUCGUUUUAUGUAUUGACUUAGUUUGCAGAUGAAAAAAUUGAUUCUUUCUGUCCCCUCUUCUUAAAGAGCAAAGAAGUGGGUUAAUGCCAUGGAAAAAUUCACAUUUCCUUUGUAUGCUUUCCUUUCAAGAGCAACUGCUUCGAAUUGCUGCAAACCUUGGAAAUUCUGCUCCAGUUUGAAUAUUUGUGGAGAUUCAAUACGAAGUAUAUCAAAAUAAACUGGAAGCAAUCAAAAUAAAGAAACUCUUUCCUGUAGGCUUUGUUUUAAAAGGCUGGAAAGACGUUAAUUGUUAUGUUUAUAUUAGUUAGGACGACUGUUGUUUCGAACUUCCCUGCGUGUAAUAAAACUUUUAAUACUGUUUAUUCUAUUUUUAUAGCGAUCUGAAUUUUUUCUGGUUUUUAGACAUGUGACAAUUGUAAAGCUUUUCGAGAAGAAAAAAAAAAAAAAAAGUUGUGCAAUGUUGAGAUUUUUUUUUUAAUACCACUAGUCAUUUGAAUAAAGUAUAACAAUUUUUU